CAACGUGUUUAGUUGGACCAACUUAGAAAUUGGGCUAAUGGUUGUGGCCCAAUAACAAAUGUGAAGAAAAGACUUGUUAGAUUGCUGCUGGCUCAUCAUCUUUCUUUCUACCUCCGAGCAAAAUCAGCGGCGGAGAAACCUGACCGAUGAAGCAAGUUAUGGCGAGCAUGGUUACGCAGGCACCAUUGAAGUCGUUAAUUGAAGCUCUACUUCUGAUAUCGAUAUCAUUUAUGCCUCUCUCCAGCGCUUACCGACCAGGAGAUAUCGUGGCGAUGAGCAAGAUGGGACAGUACCAUUCGUCGAGAACGACUUGGCAUGAUGUGAUCGGAAAGCAUUGCCCGAUCUUCGCCGUUAAUCGCGAGGUGCUGAUCCCCAUAGCGAAACCAGUUGGCUACACUGGAACAGAUCCUUAUAAGAUAAAAUUCCAAGUUGGAAGUGAGAAAUUUCUGAUACACUGGCUUUUGGUGAUAAACCGGAAGAGUUCAGAAGUUCCAAUGAUCGAUGUCAAUUUGAGAUAUUCUGGAGGAGAUUUGCUUGGAGUAACAGCUCAAGUUGUCGAUAUGCCUCUUAGCUAUUUGAAUACACACCCGGAGAUCCGCAAGCAGUUCUGGGAUCCUCAACACUGGCCGAAACAUGUUCUUGUUAGAUACACAUGGAAGGAGCAGUCAGAGAUUGAUGUUUCCUCUGGAUUUUAUGUCCUCUUUGGCUCAGCUCUCACAUUCUCUUUCGUACUCUCCAUUUACGUCUUACAAUCUUCACGAGAGAAGCUGGCAAGGUUUGUAAGAGAGACGGUUGUGGAAAGCAGCUCGAAUGUUGGAGAGUUUGGCAAGGUUGAGUGAGAGUCAUAUAGUCAAAAGAGUAUAUGUAUGUUGUUGCUGCUGCUAUAGAUGCUUGGACUUGGUUGGUUAAAACAAAAAACAAUUCCAGAAAAAAGGAGAUUUGAUCGAA